AUGUCUUACCCAUCAAACAAUAAAUCAAAGCAACCAGUACGCGAAAAUUCGUCACUAAGUCGACUUCACGAAAUUUCAAACCGGCCACUUAGAUCCAAGACAUUUAAACAAAUUGUUAGAGCUAAAUUUCCAAAUCUAUAUAGCUCUGCCGGAAGUAUUGUAUCAGUGAAAACAGCCAAAGGAUCAUCGCCCAAUGAGUUAGCAGAAUGGAUGCGCUCCUUGCGAAAACGUGCAGAUGCCGCGCUUCUACAAAAUGAUAAAUUUGAAGCCGAAACUGAAGAUGAGAUUGCCGAAAUGCGAGCUAAGUUACAAGAUGAAUCCGAAGAUGAAGAUGAUUUUUCUCAUUCAUUUAACAAGCUUGGAGAAAUUCUUGAGCGUAAACGGCAACAUUUUUCAAACGUUUUUCCAAAUAAAAAGCAAAGGAUUUCUGAGGACUCGGAGUACUUUAAUGAUUUUAUUGAAGAAGAAGAACAAACACCACUUGUCAAUGAUAUUUCAAACCCUCUCUUCCAUCGAAACGAAUGCUAUCCUGAAGAGACACCAGAAUUUAAGUAUUUACAAUCUUCAGCAAAUAAAAAUGUUUUGACUAUUGACAAUAGUAUGCAAAACAUGUGCUCUACUCACGAAAACAAAAAUCACGCGGACACUGAUGACGACAGUGAUGUCGAAAUAAUAAGUGACACUUCAGCUUCACUUGAUAACAACGUUGGAAAUGAAAUUUCCAAAGAUGAAUAUUUGGAUAGUUUUAACAGGAAACCCGAAGAUUUUGUUUUCAGGGAUUCUCAGGAGCACUUGGGUAAUACUGAUGAUGACUUCAUAGAUGAUACCAUAGAGAGCCCAUGGAUCGAUGAAAGUCAAGAAGAAUCUGAAAGCGAAAACGAAUCUCAAGAUACAACAGCACAUACUGACAGCGACUUAGAGGAAGUUGAUACUUAUCACCCCUUUCAAGAACCUAGAAACAACGAAAAUUCCUUGGAAAAUGGUGAAGAAGAAGAGAGUGAAAAUUCCGAUGAAGAUGAAGAUGAAAAUGGAUAUGAAAAUGGAUAUGAAAACGAGGAAGAGAAUGAAUAUGUGGAUGAAAAUAGUGAAGAUGAUGAAAAUAAUUGUGAUCAAAAUAUAUUAGAGGAAAUCUCUCAGGAAGAGAUUGGUCUUAACAGUCAAAAAAUUCCCUCUGAAUCAAAUAUUUUUGUGCCUAAUUCAAUUCCGAUUCCUGUCGAAGAUGCUGAAAACACACACGGCGAUGAUUCUGAUAUGGAAAUGGAUACAGGGCCCCUUGAACAAUUUCAUCACAUUGAGGAUAACUCUUCACAUCAAAAUGAUGUCAUGAUUGAUCAAAAUGACCUUAAAACAAUUUUUGAUAUGGUUCCUCAGGAACGACCCGAGCCAUCGGAUUCCCACGAAAUUACUGGUGGUAUAUCAGAGGCUGAUUUAGCCGAAUUAGCUCAAAUCGCUGUUCAUAAAGGCCUACAAGAUAAUGCCUCGGUUCCCCAUGACGACUUGUCCGAGGGCAAAUUAUUUGCCCAAAAUAAAAACCUUUCUUUUAUCGACACAAAAACUGAAUCCACCCCACAUCCAAAUGCUUCACUCAAUAAUUCUGCCGUUAGAAUCAAUUUGGAUCAUCAUAUUCAAUCCAACAUAAAACAUGAAUCCGAAGUAGCACCAGUACUUGCUAUUAGUGACAUUAACCGUUGCCCAACUUCUGAGGCAUCAAUUAAUCACGUAAGACUCGGCGAGUCUCUGGAAAAAAGUUCUGAGUCCGUCAAUGAACUUGACCUUCCUUUAAUUGAUGAAUCCAUUGAAAAACCUUUUGAUCGAAAGUCUACUAGUGAGAUUGUUAACAGAUCUGUUGACGAACCUGUUGAUGAAUCUGUUGAUGAAUCUGUUGACGAAUCUGUUGACGAAUCUGUUGACGAAUCUGUUGAUGAAUCUGCAGCCGAGCCUGUUGCUGAGCCUGUUACUGAGCCUGUUACUGAGCCUGUUGAUGAAUCUGUUGAUGAAUCUGUUGACGAAUCUGUUGACGAAUCUGUUGACGAAUCUGUUGACGAAUCUGUUGAUGAAUCUGCAGCCGAGCCUGUUGCUGAGCCUGUUGCUGAGCCUGUUGCUGAGCCUGUUGCUGGGCCUGCUACCGAACUUGCAGAUAAACUUGAUAACGAGCCACUUUACAACCCUGUCAUUGAUGUUUCUACAGAAUCCGGUUUUCUUUCAUCUGAGCCUAUUUCUAAUGCUAACUUUUCUAUUUCAUCAUUUUUAGAUAAGAAACAACCUGUUAAUUCUGAGGUUUUGUCUUCUUUACCUUCAAAUACACAGACAGAAAAAGAUUUUUCAGCACAAAAUCCAGAAAAUUAUGCUUCUAAAACGAAAACUCUUGUCGGUGUAGGCCUUAAUGGAGCUCCUGUUUUUUCAUGGGGCUUAAGUAAUGCUAAUUCUCUUAAAAAUGAUAACGUCAAUAGUAGUGUUGCAUUUUCCUUUGGAGAAACAUUUCAGCAUGUUUUGGAAGAUAAAACUGACAAUUUAAACAGCGAAAAUGGAAAUACCCAAGAUACAAAAGAUAUAUCUGAAUUAGCCAAUUCAAACGAGAUAUCUUUUCCUGAGCAAAUUUCUUAUAACAAAAAAUCCACUUUUGGAUAUAAUAAAACCAAUAAUUCGUCUCAGUCAAUGUCUUUUGUUUCGAUAUCUGAAUCCGAAUUGCCGCAUACUUCACAGGUGGGCUAUGAUUUUGGCACCAAUUUAGCAUCCACAACAUCAAACAUUAAUAGCGACGAUUCAAAUGAGCUUCAUAAUCAAUUGAAUGAUUUAUCUCCAGAUGAUAUUGUUUAUAUGGGAAAAAAGGCUGAGUCCAAAACUAACCCUUCACAAAAUAUAAAUGAUUCUAAUGUUAUCACUGAUGAGUUUGUUGAUCCAAAUCUAUUUUCUUUGUCAGAAUCUAAUACUGUUAAAAAUAGUCAAGCUAACAUUUUGAAUUCAGAAAAAGAAAAUGCAAAUGUAAAUCAAAUCUCUAUUUCGGAAGAAAAUUUAGAUGUUGUCCAUACAGUUUCUGAAGCUGUUCAAUUGGCCUAUGAAGCUAUAAAUAAAAUUUCUGACCUUUCUUCUUAUGCUCAAAAUGAUAUGAGUGCCAAUGCUGAUACUUCUCACCACUUAGAUCACAAAAACCCUUCAUAUGAUCAUAAUUAUAAUAAGUCACACGUUUUCAAUGAAGAAAUUGAACACAUAAACACACUUUCCAAUAACACAAGUCUACAACAAAUGGAUAUUGAAGAAUCUCACUCAGCACAUAUUGAUAGUGUUACACCGAAAUCUAAUAAGCCCACAUCAUCUGAAAACGAAUCUGAAAUGAUCAUCGAUUAUAAUCGACAAGAAAUUCACAGUGAUUCUGAACACACAAAAAGCUCAGCAAUUGAAAUUAAUCAACUUCAGAAUGAUAAUGUUGUUAAUUUUGACGAAGUUCACAACUCUGAUGGUAUCAAUAAUUCUGAUGGAGUUGAUCAAUUUGAUGACGUCCAUAGUGCUGAUGAUGUUGAUAGUACCGAUGGCAUUGAUAAUUUUGAUCAUGUCCAUUGCUCUGAUAAUAUUUGCGAUGAUUCAAAAGAAACGGGAAAUGUUAAAGCUUCUGUACCUGGUCAGAUUUUAUCCAAUAUUAAUUCUAGCAUUUAUGAUGAUGACAGUGUCUUUGUUGAUUCUCAUCUUAUGAACUCUAGACAAAGCUCUGAUCCUGAUGUGGAAAUGAAUGCUGAAGCUGGCGGUUCAGAUGUUGAAAUGGUUUUUCAAGAUGAACAAGAAGACAUAGGUCUUUCAGAUGCUGAUAAUGUUUUCAGUAAAUCAGCAAAUCUAAUAAAUACCUCUGAAACUUCUGGUAUUGAGAAACCUGCAGAUAAUGGUACCGCAGUAAAUGUCGAAGAGCCUUGUAGCAUUGGACAAAAAUUGGUUGAUAUCAAAGAGUCUUCAGAUCUUCAAGAAUUUUCCAACGGCCAAGAGUCUGUCAACGUCGAAAAAUCUAUUGGCAUUGAAAAUUCUGCUGAAACUCACGCUGCUGAAGUCGAAAGAUUUGUCAACGUUCACGGAUUUGUUGACAUUCAGAAUUCUGCCGAUAUUCAAAAAGAUACACAUGCCCAAAAGUCUAAUAAUGAUGAAACCCCUACCCAUAUUCAAGAGGUUUCUACUGAAAUUAAAGAAUCUACCAACAUUCAAAAACCUGAUGACUCAAAUAAUAUUGAAAAGUCAGUCGACAUCGAAAACUCAUAUAAUAUUCAGAAACCGGCUGAUAAUGAAUCUUCUGUCAGUGCUUCUGUUGAAAUGAAAGAAUCUGAGGUUGAAAAGUCUUCUGAAAAUAAAAAGUUCAUCAAAGUUGACGAUUAUGAUGAUCACCCAAAAUCGUUUAAAAUAAAAGAUUCUGCUAACAUUGAAAUGUCUGAUAUCGAAAAGACUUCUGGUGUUGAAUCUAUCCAGGUUGAAUAUGCUGAUUUUAAAGAGCCUGCUAAGAUGGAAGAUUUUGAUGUUGAAAAUGCUGUGGAUACUAAAAUAUUACAUGAAGACUCUGAAAUCAUUAAUGUGAAUAAUCUGGUAGAUUUAGACGAACCUAUGGAUAUUGAUACUCCAGUUGAAAAUCACGGUCUUAAAAACUUGGACGAACAGAUUGAAACUUAUGAAUUGAUGGAUAUUGACAAAAUCGAAAGUACAGAAUAUGUCAGUCUGUCUAAAACCGACAAACUUUCUGAAAACGAGGUUUCUCCGUCUAUUGAUUCUAUUAAAUUUUCCAAAUUUAAAGAACUUGCCACUGUUAAAGAUAACGAAAUGAGAAGCUCUAUUGGUGUUGAAGAGUCUAUUGACAUUGAUGCUGAUAUUGACAUGGACAUUGAGGAGUCCACCAAUGUCAAAGAAUUUGUUGAUAUUGAAAAGUCUAUUGGCGCUGAAGGACCUUUUAAUGAAGAGUCUACCAAUGUUGAAGAGUCUGUUGAUAGUGACAAGUCUUCCGGUUUUAACGAAACUGCCGAUAUUAAAGAAUCGACCAACUUUCGAGAGCUUGCUAACUCUCAAGAUCCUAUUUAUACUGGAGAAUCUGUCGAUACUCAGGAAUCUCCUUAUGUAAAAGAUGUCAUUAACCUUGAGGAGCCUACUGAUACUAAAAUGUUGGCCAUCAUUCAAAAGUCAGAUCAUGUUGAAAAGUCGACUCAUGAUCAAAAUCCCAUUGGCAUUGAAAAGUCUGUUGAUAUUGAAAAAUCUAUCAAUUUUGAAGAGGUUACCAACGUUAAGUCUGUUGAAGUUAAAGUACCUUCUGAUGUUCAAGAAUCUACUAGUCUUGAAAAGUCUGCUGCUGAUGUUGAAGGGUCUGCCGAUGUUGAAGAGCUUGCAGAUGCUGAAGAGCUUGCAGAUGUUCAAGAAUCUACUAGUCUUGAAGAGUCUGCUGCUGAUGUUGAAAGGUCUGCAGAUGCUGAAGAGCUUGUCGAUGCUGAAGAGCUUGUCGAUGCUGAAGAGCUUGUCGAUGCUGAAGAGCUUGUCGAUGCUGAAGAGCUUGUCGAUGCUGAAGAGCUUGUCGAUGCUGAAGAGCUUGUCGAUGCUGAAGAGCUUGCAGAUGUUCAAGAAUCUACUAGUCUUGAAGAGUCUGCUGCUGAUGCUGAAGGGUCUGCAGAUGCUGAAGAGCUUGUCGAUGCUGAAGAGCUUGCAUAUGUUAAAGGAUCCGCAGUUCGGUUUGAAGCAUCCGUUAAUGUUAAUGUUAAUGUUAAUGAAUCCGGCAACUUCAUCAAAUCAUCAGAUUCUCUGCAAAAUGUUAAGGGUGAUAAUCUUGCUGAAGUGUCUCAGUUUGUACAGCUUUCUGAGUCUGUCGAAGUUUUGGAAUCCCGCGACGUAUCAAAAUCUACAGAAGUUGUGGAUUCUUCUAUAAAUAACAUAACUGAGCAUACCUCAGCAUUCACACAAAGAAUCCACCAAUCGACUCAAACUUUUACUUCGCAUUUGAAUUUUGAAAGCAGUAGAGAUGUUGGUAUCGAAAACAUUUCCCAUAAUACCUCAAAAUUUUCUGAGAGCUCUAAUUCAUAUGAAGCUAUUGAAGAAGCUGGGUUUAGCAACAAAAAUUCUAAUGAUGAAUCCGAAUUUCUCACCCAAACUCAAGAUUUAGUCGAGAUUUCAUCUGAUGAAAAUCCAGGGACCGAAGUUGGCAAGCAAGCUUAUAAAGCUGAUAUUAUCAAUAACCAUGACAAUGACAAUGACAAUGACAAUGACAAUGACAAUGACAAUGACAAUGACAAUGACAAUGACAAUGACAAUGACAAUGACAAUGACAAUGACAAUGACAAUGACAAUGACAAUGACAAUGACAAUGACAAUGACAAUGAAAAUGAAAAUGAAAAUGAAAAUGAAAAUGAAAAUGAAAAUGAAAAUGAAAAUGAAAAUGACAAUGACAAUUACAAUGACAAUUACAAUUACAAUGACAGUGACGAUGAUGAUGAUGAUGAUGAUGAUGAUGAUGAUGAUGAUGACGAUAAUGAUGUGAAUAAUGGUGACGACGAUGACUAUGGCUAUGACUAUGACGAUGACAAUCACAAUCACAAUCACUAUCACAAUCACAAUCACAAUCACAAUCACAAUCACAAUCACAAUGAUAAUGGCAAUAACGAUGACAAUGACAAUGACAAUGGCAAUGACGAUGACAAUGACGAUGACAAUGACGAUGACAAUGACGAUGACAAUGACGAUGACGAUGACAAUGACGAUGACAAUGACAAUGACAAUGACAAUGACGAUGACAAUGACGAUGACAAUGACGAUGACAAUGACGAUGACAAUGACGAUGACGAUGACAAUGACGAUGACAAUGACAAUGACAAUGACGAUGACAAUGACGAUGACAAUGACGAUGACAAUGACGAUGACAAUAGCGAUAAUCAUAAUAAUUAUCUCGAAGAUAAAGAUGAUAACAAUAAAGAUAACGAUAAUUUCCUUGAUAAUAUCCUUGACGAUUUUAUUUCACGUCAUCCAAUGACGUACGAGGAAAAUACGAAAGACAAUAUUCGUCAUGGCUCUGUUGAAAAUUCCUCUAAUUCAGAAGGUCAUCAUUACAACAGCAGUAGUGAAAACUUUUCACAGUCAAAUAUUGAUGAAAGCCAAGUUAUCUCUAAUACAAGUGGUGGUUUACUACGAUCGAUGACAUCUGUGGCUAAUGAACCGGAAAUUAUCGUUAUUAGUGAUAGUGAAGAUGAUGAGCCAUAA